AAAGUUGUUUCAAGUUUGUUCGGGUAUUUCAUUAUAUAAGACUUCAAAAAAAUUACUAAAUCAAAUUAAGAAUAUCGUUGUAAUCGCUACAUCACAAACUCUUAUCAUGAAGAGCCACUCAUUUUCAUUUCCCGAAAAAGCGUCCAAAUCGAAUAAGAAAGGAUCCUCCAACAAACUCAAAGUCUUUACCCACUCAAAAUCUUAUCCUUUGAUAUCUACAUCCGUGGAUGGGUCAUUCAGCUUUGCGGAUUCUUCAUUUUUAUCUCCAGAGGUUGAAGACCCAAAAAGCAAAGAAAACAACUUCAGAUCUAGGAAUAAGUAUUUUGUUGCAAGGAACGCUCUUGGUAAACUAAUUUCCAGUGAAUACGGAGACUACAGAUUUGUAUCCAAAGUAACUGCAUUGAUGUGGCAACAAUGCAGCAAGCGCUUUAAUGGUUAUUGCGAGUAUUUAUCGGCCAUCGACUCGUUUUGUUACGACGAAUUAUCUUCAAAGAAAGAUGACGAAGAGGAAGCACGUUAUAAGAUGAGUUCUAAAGAAUAUCAACUAACUUGUCGCUGUGUAUAUAUGAGAAAAGAAGUCGAUUCAAAUUCUCGAACUUCUCAUGCAAUAAGGUUCAGAGUACAGAAGAACCAAGUAAAGCGUCCUAGACAUAGAAUAAUAAAGUUAAGUUCCAAACUGCAACUCCAACAUUAUGUUUUCAAUCGAAAACUUGGUAUCUUUACAGAAGAUGUUUUUACUUAGUAUUUGUUUCCUGAAACAUAAAUAAUAAAUUUAGUUAUAGUCAUUUUUAGUAAGGGUUACAUUGCAUAUGCAGCUAAUAUUUCAUUUUACGAUUCCCAUAAACCGUGGUAUCUACUAGUUUUAACAAUACAUAUACAUAUAGAUAAAUACAAACUUGUUGUCACGCUAUGUGACUACUCAUUGUAUACUUUAUUCAUAAGUCGUCACCUUUUUGGACUUAUAAAAUAAGAAUUAUUCCAAACAUAAGUGUUCUAAUUUAGAUUUUUCUCAGAUUGUGUAAACAGCAAAUCUGGUUUUGUGUCUUUGUGCUUCUUAUUUUUUUAAGUGAAACUUAAAAAUAUCCCUCACUCUUGGAAUGCAGGCCUCAAAAAAUUGCAGUUUGUGAAUGUUUUAGAGCCUCUCAACGCUAAUUAUCUCAUGUAAUAAGAAAAAGAAAGAUAAAAAUUAAAAAAUAAUCCU